AUGCACUCAGACAAACCCGUUUCGAUGGACACUUAUGCCAAUAACGAGGGUGUCCUGAAAGGCUCUGCGAAGACAUUUGGCAACCUUAUUGAGACUUCGAAGAACUUGCCAACUACAUCUUCUGAAUUAGGAACAAUUUUAUUAAGCGUAAAUGAAAUCAAAAAGAGAGCACACGACCUGAGAAAGAAGGCCAAACCAAAGGGUGAUCACACAAGAGCACAUUACCUCCUAGCAGGCAGUGGAUUGGCUAUUCAGGACGUCGAGCUGUCUUUGAAUAAUCUGAAGUCGAGACAGUUGAUUGAACAUAAUGUAACAAAUAGGGAGACUGACGGGGACCUUGACACCUAUCUUCGCACUAAGAAAGACGAGAACAUUUUAUCUUCCAUUGAACAGUCCCUCACAUCAGCAGCAAAGGAUUUUGACAAUUUCGUCAAUCAGACUUUCAACCUCGACUGGGAACAAAGAAAAGACGAGGUAAGGGAAAACUUCGGUAUUAUACUAAAGAAGAGAAGGGGCAACGAUUACGGAAAGGAUUCACUACCUCAUCCAGAUUAUCCUUCUUGGGGCAAAUCAGGGCGCGGCAUUUUGGAUGGUGACUCAAGGUUAAAUGUGAAUGAGAAUUUUGCAACAAGGACCAAGUUCGAAAGGUACGCCAAGAUAAUAAAUGGUUUCAACAAUGCCAGGCAGAGCGGAUACGAAUUUUCGCUGGCAAAGGAAAUCUCCGAAACCUUUUCCAGUUCGGCAGAGCAAGCAGGUCGACAACUUCCGGAGGCGUGGAGUAUUAUCGAACACGCUCAGAAUUCAACUGACGUUGUUAUGUCAUCCCGAACCUUUCUUGAAAAGCAAUUCUUAAACUAUGUUGAUAACCUAUACAAGAAGAACUUAAAUGAAGGCCUCCCUACUAACGUCAACAAAGUGAAGUCAUUCAUUGACUACAAACUCAAAAACCCAAACAACACGUGGAAAUACGGAAACUUGACAAUAGUUAAUGGUGUGCCUAUUUGGGCAUUUAUUUUCUACCUUCUGAGAGCUGGCUUGACCAAGGAAGCUCUUGAAGUUGCGAUCGCUAACAAGUUGAGUUUCAAAAAAGUUGAGCAGUCCUUCCUAACAUAUUUCAAAGCUUAUGCCACUUCUAAAGAUCAGAGGUUACCCAAUGAAUUUGUUUCAAGAUUGCACACGGAAUAUAACCAGCACAUCAAAAACGCCUUAGAUGGCGAUCCAUUCAGACUCGCUGUUUAUAAGAUUGUUGGAAGAUGUGAUUUAACCAGAAAGAAUAUAUCGUCGAUAACCCUUAGUAUUGAGGAUUGGCUGUGGUUUCAUUUUAUGCUAAUCAAACAAGAUGUUUCUGAUGAUGACCCAGUUUACGAAAAAUACGAUUUGAAAGAUUUUCAAACAAUAGUCACUUCGUAUGGCAUCUCUAGGUUCAGCAGCACCUAUCUCCACGUGCUUCUACUAAGCGGUCUUUAUGAGCUGGCAGUUCAACACGCAACUUCGAUCAAUGAAAUUGAUGCUGUGCACCUUGCGAUAGCUUUAGCCUAUCACAAGAAGUUAAACAUAUCACACUAUAAAUCUGAACAUGAUUCAAAUCUCCUUUCAGAAGAAGAUGGCAGAUUUGAGAUCAAUUUUGCAAAGCUACUUGGUAAUUACACGAAGUCAUUCAAGUUUUCUGACCCUAGAAUCGCUGUUGAAUACCUCAUUUUGAUAGCGCUUAACGGGAACAAAGAUCAGAUAGAAGUUUGUCAUGAAUCGUUACGAGAACUCGUUUUAGAAACUAAAGAAUUCACCAUUCUGCUGGGAAAGGUUAACAGAGAUGGAUCAAGGAUCCCUGGUGUUAUUGAAGAAAGGCAUUCUCUUCUGUUUUUAAGCGACGAGCAAGACUUCUUACACAGGAUCACAGAACAAGCAGCGCGGAGGGCUGAUGAAGAUGGCAGGGUUUUUGAUAGCUUACUGCUCUACCAGCUUGCUGACGAAUAUGACAUUGUUAUUCGUAUCGUCAACAAGCUUUUGAGUGACUUACUCAGCAACACGGAUCUCAACCAACCAUUACUGAAUUUAGAUGAUAACAACGAGACUAGUCCAGUUCUUAUUGCGAAGAAACUUAUCAAUGUCUAUGUCAAUAACAUGGAAAUUUCUCGCAAAGUCUCUUCGAAGAACAAAGAGACAUGUCUGCUCUUGUUAAAGGUGGUUGAUAUUAGAAGAUCAUUCUACUCGCAAAACUGGCAGGAAGCCCUUUCUAAAGUUGAAGAUAUUGACGUUAUACCGUUUAUUGAUGAAGUUUCCUCCAGGCGCAAGGCUCAAGAGUUUUCAAGUUUGAGUCCUGAAAUUGCCAAGAACAUUCCAAACUUGCUGAUCAUUACCAUGACCUGCGUGUCUAACAUUGUUGCGCAGUUGAACCAGAGUGAAUAUCAUUCUGCAUCAAAGGACCAGCAAAUAAGAGCUCUAAGGAGAUUAGCCAAAAGCUGUAUGAUAUACGCUGGCAUGAUUCAAUACAAAAUGCCCCGGGAAACAUACAGUGUGUUAAUUAACUUAGAAGUCCAUUUAUAA